AUUGGCAACGUGGUGCGCAAAGUGACCAGUUGAUUUGUCAAAAGCUCAAUUAAAAUUGUGCAAUUUAUACAUAUCAAAGUUAUUAUUCUUAUUAUUAUAAAGACUCAGGUGAUAGAGGAGAGAUAGUUUUGUGGCUUGGAAGUGAAAAUUGUAAGAAAGAAGGAGUAGUUUCACGAGAAAAGUGAAAAACAAGCCACUGGUUAAGUGAGGUUAGAGGUGAACACGUGUGGGGCGAUGCCGCCCUGGUUGCACGGGGGGACCCAGCGGGAUUUCUUCUCGCUUGGGUCGCGGGACUUUCCGUCCCUGGAUCGAGUAGUAAAGAAGAGAAGGGGGGAAGAGAUCUUCAGCACCCGGUUUGAAGAAAUUGAGCGUAUAGACAAUGCAGGAAGAUUUCUAGUCAUGAAAAACGCAUCACAGGACACGGAUUCAACUACUCCCAUCUCGCCAUUCGCCGUUGCACGGUCACUGCGAGCGCUGGGAGACGUCAAAGACAUCACAAGGCAGAAAGACGGUACACUAAUAAUAGAGUCAAAAUCGAAAGACCAGACUGCCCGUCUCCUAAAUGUCACGAGAGUUGGGAAGCACGACGUGACAGUCACAGAGCAUCCCAAGCUCAAUAAAGCUAAAGGAAUUGUCAAAUGCUGGGACUUCGUAUACAUGGAGGAGAAAGAGUUGUUGGAAGAGCUAAAAUCUCAGAAAGUUGUGGAAGUGCGCCACCUAAGAAGGAAGGCAACGGAUGUGGAGAAGAGAGCUUCUCAGAACCAAAAAGACGUACCAGUGUGGAAAAAUACCGGUACCUUUGUGAUCACUUUUGAUCUUCCGGACAUUCCAAGUGUGCUGAAAGCGGGGUACCUCAAACUAGACGUCCGCCCCUUUGUACCAGACCCGAUCCGAUGCUUCAAUUGCCAAAGAUUCGGCCACAUGAAGACGUCCUGCAGGGGAGUAGCGAUGUGUGGACGAUGCGCUGAAAAGGACCAUUACCCGGAUCCAUGUGUCAAGGAUGUUAAAUGCGUUAAUUGUGGAGGCAGCCACGUUAGCUGGCACAAGAAAUGCCCUGAGUACCUGGCAGAAUACGCAGUACAAAAAAAUUAAAGUUUAUGAGAAAGUCUCUUUCGCAGAGGCGAAGAAUAUCUUCAUUGAAAGGAUGGGUCAAUCAAGGAAGACAUUUGCAGACACUUUGAGACAGCAGGAAACCCCUACCCAGAGUGGUUGCACCAAUUGCCACUGCGACUCCUGCAAGUCAUUGAGGAACGAAAGGGCACACCAAAACGAGCACGAGAAAAUCAUGGACAAUGAGAGAGUGACCAGAGAAAAUCUAUCCCAAAUUGAAGAGCACCAAGUUCCACUAGUAGUUGAAGUAGAGGUCCAUCAGGAAAAGGCCCAAGAUGCAGAGUCUCCUUUGGAAACUCCCGAUAUCUCGACCAUCUCAGAAACGGAAGAGGCUGAUUCAGAAGAGGGGGAGCCUUUUGAAGAAGCAGAAGCAGAAUUUGAGGCAGAGGAUGCAGCGAUGGAGCUUGACCCCAAAAGCUCCGAGGAGGUGAUCACUGCCCAGUCCCAAACUGUUGCGACUGGCCCAGUGUCACAAAAGUUAAAGUCCCACCCAGAAGGCUUGCGGUGCCCCAAACGGACAAAAGAGAGGUCUCUUUCCUCAGAAGGCUCUGAGGGAAAGAAGACAGGACCACCUUCCUCAGGGAAGAACAAGAAGAAGAAAAAGAAGACAGCACCCUACCCAUCGCAGUUUGGAAGCCAACUUCAGGCCAGAAAUCCCAGAGAACACAAUGCAGCAGUUACUCAAAAAGACAGCAACCUGAGUCCCAGUCCCAGAACGAUUAAAAACAUCGUAGGUGUAGACUAGUGCUCUGGCAUCUCCCAUGAUCAUCGGGGGUGAUUUCAAUUCACACAGCGUAACUUGGGGUUGUAUUAGAACUAACACUAAAGAUCUCAGUUAAAGAUCGUAAUUCCUGGGCCAAAUCAACCAUUCGUGAACUAAGAAAAAUAAAA